GUUUAGGUCAAUGUACAAAUUGGCCAGUAUUGGCAGUAAAUUGUUGAUGUGGUGUUCAUGCAUUCUGAAAUAUUGAUACCAAAAUGCCAAUUUAUUAGCCAACGCAUGAAAAUACAGACUGGCACAGAAAACAAUAAGUUAACAGACAUAGAAUAAAAGAUGUCCUCUAAGGAAAAUUCUCCUAGGGAGUCUCCAAUUGAUUCACUUACAUGCAGCCUGGAAAAUGACGAAAAUACAUGCAGUAAAUGUGGGUCCAUGUUCAAUCAGCCUAAGAUCCUGACUUGUCUGCAUGUGUUCUGUCAGUCCUGUUUGGAGAAGGAAAUUGAAGAGAGAGAAGAAAAUGCACCAAAAGAUGUUAUUGUUUGUCCUAAAUGUAAGCAGGAAACACAUAUUCCUGAAAAAGGAAUACAAGAGUUGCCUAUUGACCAUGUGACAAUAGAUCUACUGGAGAUGUCAGCUAUGAAUGAAAUGAAACUUGUCUGCACCAGUUGUAAAGCUAAGGAGAAGGCUGUUGCAAGAUGCUGUGAUUGCGCUAGUUACCUGUGUGAAAACUGUGUCACUGCACACCAGUUUAUGAGAUGUUUCGAUAAUCAUAAGGUUGUGAAGUUUGAUGACAUGCAGGAUACAGAGACAGUUUCCUUUCAUAAGCCAAUAUUCUGUUCCAGUCACCCAACAGAAAAAAUGAAAUUUUUCUGCAUGAGCUGUCAGGUACCAAUUUGUAACGAGUGUAUGUUAGCAGACCAUAAGCAACCAAAUCACCAUUAUGAGAGAAUAACUGAUAUUGAAGAGACUCAGAGAAGUGAUUUUGAUGUGCUUAUAACAGAGUGUAAAAGUAAGGUGUCAGCAUGUAAUGAGGCAUCAACUUCCCUAGAAAAUUCUUUGUCAGACCUGCAGAUGCAGAGAGAUGACGCUAAAGGGCUAAUUCAAGAAACAUUCCAGACAUACAGAACUGUACUUGAAAUACAAAAGGAAAAGAUGUUGGAGGAACUAGAAAAUCGUCAUUCUUGCCAAGAACUUGCCAUAAUGGAAUUGUUCCAUAAUGUUGAGAAAACUUCAGAUAAAAUUGAGGACUGUUGCACUUUUGCUGAAAGAGUUCUCAAGCAUGGAAAUGGUUUACAACUAUUGAUGAUGAAGAAAAUGAUAAUGUCACAGUUGCUUAAACUGAUCAACAAUACUCCAAAAGCUGAUGUUAAUGUUAACAUUGAGUUUCACACUGAUGGCAAAGUCUUCCAAAAUGCAGUAGAGAAUUCUUUCGGUUCAUUCACCAAGGAAACUCCUAAGCAACCAGAGCGACCAUCCUCCUCACUGCAUUCCUCUUUUGAGAAUGAAGGUUUCAACUUACCACAUAUGAUGAAUGAUCACAGCAUGAUGCCUCCACCAAUGUCAAGUGCAAGCUACAUGUCCAACAAUCUACUGCAAGAAACCGAGGCAAACAACAUGGGACUUGGUCUGACAAAUGUUGGAAAUUUCCAUAAUAUUGGCUCGUCAAUGAAUCCUCCAAUGCAUGGUGCAAUUACCGGUGGUACCCAGUCAAUGGCUGAAGGGUCCAGUCUGUCUAGAAGCUCUCAUAGCCCUGCCAUGUCUGACAGUGGGAUAUCUGUUGAUGCUGCCAGUAACAACAGUGGUUCUAGUGUGCAGCCAAUGUUUAACAAUAUAGCAGCCUUAGCUCAGAUGGGUUCAGUAGGAGGCUUUGGUGGACCUAAUGAUUUAGGUGGUAGCCACUCAGUGACACCAAUUACCAGUAGUCCUGAUAUUCAACACAAUCUACUGAAUCCACCUACCCCAAGAUCACAGACACCUAAUCUGGAUGCCCUUGACAGACUAGUACAAAACCCUCAGCCUCCCAUUGGAACUAUUGGAGGAGGAAUGAGUAGUGUGGGAACUAUUGGUAGCAACAUUGGCCCAAUAGGAUCUUCUUCCAACAUGACCAGUCUCAGCAACAUAAUGACAAGUUCUACUGGAAGUUUAACAAGUGGUAGUGGAAUGAACAGUCCAGGAAGCAGCAUUGGGCAAUAUCCACCUGUCAGGAGGAGUAACAAAACCAGUGCCAUGCAGAUCAGGUGUAAAUUUGGACAGCUUGGACCUGGAAAAGGACAGUUCAAUUCACCACAUGGAUUUUGUCUUGGACAGGAAGAAAACAUUGUAGUGGCAGAUACUAACAACCACAGAAUUCAGUGUUUUGAGAAAACUGGUGAAUUUCAGUAUCAGUUUGGAAUUCCAGGGAGAGAGGAAGGACAGCUGUGGUAUCCAAGAAAAGUGGCAGUGAUGAGAAAUUCUGGAAAGUUUGUUGUCUGUGACCGUGGAAAUGAAAGAUCAAGAAUGCAGAUCUUCACCAAAAAUGGUCAUUUUGUGAAGAAAAUUGCCAUAAGAUAUAUAGACAUUGUUGCUGGUUUAGCUAUUACCCAACAAGGACACAUAGUAGCAGUUGAUAGCGUUUCUCCUACUGUAUUCUGUAUAACUGAGGCUGGAGACCUUCUUAAGUGGUUUGAUUGUAGUGAUUACAUGAGAGAGCCAUCAGAUAUAGCUAUCAGUGGGAAAGACUAUUUUGUCUGUGAUUUUAAGGGUCAUUGUGUUGUUGUUUUCAAUGAAGAAGGUCAUUUCAUCCGGAGAAUUGGAUGUGAGAACAUCACAAAUUACCCUAAUGGUAUUGAUAUCAGUGAUGCUGGAGAUGUUUUGAUUGGAGAUAGCCAUGGAAACAGAUUUCAUGUCGCUGUAUUCCAGAGGGAUGGAUCAUUGAUUGGAGAGUUUGAAUGUCCUUAUGUGAAAGUGAGCCGUUGCUGUGGAUUAAAGAUAACAUCAGAAGGAUACGUUGUCACUCUUGCUAAGAACAACCACCAUGUGCUGGUACUUAAUACCUUAUACAUAGUUUAAACAGAUCAAUGGGGAAGAAGCAAGAGUAUGUACAAAAAAAAGAAUAUUUUUGAAAAUACAUGUGUUAAAAAGUGCUUAGUUUAUUUUACUGUUUAGCAGUGCUUUUGAAAAUAUGGAAAGCAGUUAAAGCUUCUUGUAUUUAAAGAUACACCUUGGUGGUCAUUUAUAUACAUUUUAUAUACAUAUUAUAAAAGGGCUAUACAGGGCCUUGUUGUAGCCACUGUGUUAAUAUACUUUAUUUUUUUCUUUGUUUUUCUUUUAGUUGCAAUUUUUAUACACAGAUUAAUACUAAUAAGAAUUUACAUAAUUUUAUUUUAUAGCAAAUGUUGUUUACUUAUCAUAAUGCAACUUGUAUAUUAAUAUACAUUUAAAAUGGACUAUCUGUAGUAGUGGUAGGUGGUUAUCCAAUAAUGAAAAUAAAAGUCAAAUUACCAUCUAUGCUAUUUUUUAUCCAAGAGCUAAGCUUCUGAUUUAAUGAUAUUAAAAUAUACUAAUAUUUUAGAUGAUUAAAAUAAGUUUGAAAAAAACAGGGUCUCUUACUUGUCAUUUUUACUGUUUUAAACUGAUUAAUUCUUGGUUAUACAAAAAAUAUGCAUAAAAUGAAUUCCUACACCUGAAAAUAAUGUUUAAUUCAAAUUGUGAAAGGAACAGAUAAUUGUACAUAUGCAUUGAUGUUAUAAGUAAGAGACUCUGAUUAGUCAAAAUUUACGUUAAAUGUGAUUAUCUCAUUGAUGUAGAUCCUAUUUGAUAACAUAAAAUGUUUGUCAGAUAUUGCAAGACAAGAAAUUUUUAUUCUCAGGAAUUUUUUUAUUUAUUUUUGAUUGACCAUACAUUCAGAAUACAAUUCAAAAGAUGAAAUGUCACUUAAAAAUCAAGUGAAAAGUUAAUCUUUGCAUGUAGUGCAUGCUUUAUAAUGAAAUUUUUACCAUAGAAUAUAAGUGCAAAAAAGAUGCAUAAAAAUUUGAAUGCUGUAGAAUUUUUAUGCAGAAGUGUUUUUGUAUUAACUCUAGUCACAUACUCAGAUUAUAUUUAACAUGACCAGUUUUUGCUGUGCCUUACAAAGGGAUUUGAUUUUUAAUUAUUUUUUUCUGUGUUCAUUCUAAUUGAUGGCUUUACAAAUUGAUAUCAUAUUUUGUGACUGGUGAUGUUGAUCAUUUACACAUAUUAAAAAGAUAUAUAUAUCUAUAUAUUUACACUUACAUUGUAUUAUUAUUAGUUGUAUUUUUUAAAACAUGUUCUUAUAUUUUAUUGUUUAGAACCAGAUUGCUCAUAAGUCAUUUUUCGUUGAUCAUUCAUUAACAAAUUGUAGAAAUGUCUUACCCACCAUCUAUAGCAUGCUGCAAAAAAAAUUGUUGGUGUAAAUGUACUUUGCAGUUACACUAUUUAAAAAAAAAUCAAACAAAUAAAAGUAUGUAUAGGGGCUAGUGUCUAGGAUUAUAUACAUUUCAUUUACAGAAAUAUUUCUUUAUGUAUUCUAAUAAUGUAUAUUUUAUUCAGUAUAUUUUUUCUUUUUUCUGGAAAAGUUGGAAAAGAAACUAUUAAAAAUGAGGCUCCCUUUUGAGUCCAUUUUUAAAAGCUACUUAUUUAGUCUCAUUGUUUCACUUUUCAUUAUAAUGACAAUCUAGUUUUAGUGGUUACAACGAGCUUUUCAUUAUUCAUAAUUAACACAGACUGAUUUUAGUCCGUUAAAAUAUGUUUUCAUGUUCCAAUGUUAGAAAAAUGUAUUGAAAAAAAAAUAAAAAAAAUAAUAAAAUAAUAUUUGAGGUUAUCCAAAACACUGUUGUUAUUUUAUUUGUGUAAAAUUUUCAAUGGGUACAAGAGAUUAACCUAUUAAAGAAUGUUAUUUACUGAUUUGAAUAACCUCAACAAAAAAAUGUAUAAAAAUAUAUGAUGUUUUGAAAAUAUUUUUAAAUAUUUCAAUGCUUUCAAAUUUUGACUGUUUGCAUUUAGAAAAUAUUUUGAUUGUUCAUUUUUUUUUUCUUAAUUGUUAAAAUGUUACUGUGAAUAAGUUGAAUGUCUAUGCCAAGAAUCUUUCAUAGAUAAGAUGUACAACUAUAGGGUUUAGGGUAAUUUACAUGGUUCAUUUUCACAUCCUUUAUAUUUUAUGUGGAAGUAAACUUUGUAUGGCUGAUGAUCCUAUGAAGCAAUUUUAUUUUUUUUUACUUUGAGUGCCAUCUUUUAUUAAUACCAGAACAAGACUGUUACAGGAGAAAUUUUAUAAAUUAGCUUUUGUUUUGCCUGUAGAACUUACCAAGCACUGAGAAGGAGACUUCUGUUGUUUUAUAUGCGAGAUUUUUUUUUAACCCGGAUGAAACUACAUUAAGUACAAAAACAUUUGCUAGUUGUCUUGCUCCAGUUUUUCCCUAGAAAUAAAAACAGAGUGGAGAUUUAAGCAGUUUCAAUCAGAAAAUAAUGUCCUCAUUUUAAAAUAUUAAAACAAUAUUUGUUUAGAAGCUUGCUUUACAGUUGCAGUUUAGCUAUUAUGAAAGACUUUAGAUUUUAUAGGCCUGUCAGUGGAUGUAUUACAGUAGAUUGUUGUCCCUCUGUCCAUUGGUACAUAUUAUGUGAUAACUCAAAUUGACUUUUUCCAAUCUUGUGAAAUUUUUACAUUUUUUUAAUCUGGAGACCUUGUGGAAUUGUUAUUCAAUAGUUUCAGGAAUUGAAUCAUUGAAAAUUUGAGUAUACAAGUCAUAUCUCAAAAGUCUAGUUUUCUUUAAGGGAUCUAAUUUUUCAUGCCGGUCAUAGAUGGGAUGUUUUUGAUAUAGAUACCAUUGUCCGUCCACAAGUCCUAUAAAGGCUAGAGAAUGCUUUCAUCAAAUUUCAUGAAAGCUGAUAUGAAAUAUUUAGAUAGAUGGAAGAAAUAUCCAUUUGAAAAUUUUUGAUUUGGUCGUUUCAGAGUUGUGAACUUAACCGUCAGAUUUAAGGCAUUUUAUCACAUAUCACUGCAUUCACUAAAGCUUGGAUUGAUUUAAAAAAUAAAAUUUUUAUUAUGUUCAGAUUAGUGAACUAAGCUCCCUUUCAAUAUUGAAAUUAUUUUUGUUUGUUUUUGGUAGUUCUGAAACUGUCUGAUUAAAGUCAACUGAAGUAUGCUUUGAUGGAUUUACUUGAAAUAUUACACUGUUUUGGGGAUAGUUUAAAGUAAGCCUCUUUUUUUCAAUUUUGAAAAUUUUCUUGCAUGUUAUUCCAGAGGUCAGAGGCUUGAAACAUCAGAAUUGAGCAAUUUUCCCACAUGUUGCUUACUAAUUCUAGUAUGUUUGGAUAAAAUAACUUCUACUAAAAGAAAUCUUCCAGCUAGUGUUCCUGCAUGGCCAUUUUCUGACUUCUGAUUUAAUGCCUUUUUCGAUAAAGCAAUUAAUUCUUUGAACAAUUUCCAUGUAUUUAACAGGUGUUCUUUGUGCCCCUAGCACAUCUGUUAUAUUACACAAUGUAAAGGGUUUUCUAAUUUGUCAGUUGUGGGACUUUUAUAUGGGAAUAAUGGAAAAUAAUUAUAACUAGGAAUAUGCCUAAUGAUAACUCAAAAUUUCUGUAUCUUGUUGUAUUGAAAUUUUAUAAUACAAAGCUAUUGCCUAGGAAUGAAAUCUUUCAUUUAAAUUUGUUUAUAUCCUAAAUUGUGAUUCUAAAGUUAAUGAGACUAGUCAUCAUAAUUCAAAUGUGUAAACAAAGUUGCAGUCAGAUGUAUCAUCCCAAAUUCUUACAGGUUUCUGAUUCUAAGCAGAUAAAUGCACCAACUCCAAAAUACCACAUUCUUUUGGAGAAGUAUCUAUGAUAAGGGACUUUCCAAUUUGAAUUUUCAUUGGAGUUUGUAUUUUUGUUAUUUUACUUUUUAAAGAAACUUGAUAAUUAAUUUCUAAAGAAAACAAUCAUGGCAGUUCAAUUAUCACUAUUUGGACAGUAGUUCAUUCAAAAAUACCAAUGCAUGGUUCUGUUCAGAUAUAUUUUGUAUAGCGGAAAAUAUAAAAUAAAGUUUGCAGACAAAUGAUAGGUUUAUCUGCCUAGGACACUAGGCUAUACAAUAAAUGUCUGACCGUGAAGUAACUUUUUUCUGCAACUAUUGCAGAGUUAUUUCAUCUAAGUAUAGUAAUUUGAGAAAACUUAUUUUUGUUUUUUAAGGUCUUGCCCAACAAGCUGGUUAAGAAUAAAGUACAUUAUAAUUUAUGUUGAUUUUUCAAUACUCCUUUAAAUCUAGAUGGCAGUUCUGCAUAAUAGGUAUAUUCUAUUUUAUACUGUGUUCAAGUGCACCUAAAUGAUAUUGUAUAAGUUUGUAAAUACAUGUAUUUUUCUGUCUCAAAUUCACAUGUGAUCAAAAUUUUAUUGUUUUUUUGUAUGAUGUUUAAGUAGAUAGUAAAUAAUUAGCAGCAGAAAUUACUGUAACAGUCUUGUUUUGCUACAAAAUCUUGGAAGAGAGACUUGUUAAUAUCAGUAGUAAGUCUUUUGGGGGGAAUGGGAAUUAUGUUGUACAGUUAGCAUAUAUUAAAUUGGUGCUUAUUUUCCUUGUAUUGUAAUGUUACAUAUUUACAUAUGUUUUUCAACAAAUUUCCCUAAACAGAUUAUUAUUAUUAUAAUUCAUUUUAUUUUAGUCUUGUAUUUAUAGCAACUUUUCUGUUUUAUUACAUUUUGCUUUAGUCAUUAAUUUUGAGUUUAAUUAAUCCGUGUUAAGUCCACUUAUAUGUUCACUUAAUAACUUUAUUAAUUUUUUUUUGUUGAUUCGUUGAUCUAGAUGAAGCAGGUUUAUUAAUAUUUUUGGUUGGUUAUGUUUUUAAUAGCUUGUUAAUCAGUAUUUAGUGCAGAUUUUCAAAUGCUUGGGCAAGAUAUAUAUAUUUAUAUAUACUUGAGAACAAAAGUGUUUUACUUUUGUUUUUUGGUAUUAUUAUUUUUCUUUAUUAUUUUUGAAAAAACUUUACUAUUAAUUACACUUUUCAUAUACAAAAAAAUAUAUGUUUAAUCAUAAUUUGCAAUGUGUGUUUUUCAUUUCACCCCACUGUUAACUUUUAAUUAUCAGUAUGAAAUUUUAAUCAAUACACAACCAUGAUCAGAUUGUGUGUUUUGUUAGAGUAGUUCCAGUUACUUUUCAAUUUUUUAUUUGCAUAAACUUAACAGGCAUAUAGUAUCGAUGUAAGAUUUAUUUUUAGCUUGUACUAAAACUAAAAUCUGUCAAAAUUUUAGGGAUUCAUCUGUAACAUUCAAAUUAAAUUUAUUUCUUUCUAAACUUAAAAGGUUAUUGAAUAUUAUUUGAAAUAUUAUUUGAAAUACAAAAGUGGGUAUCAUUUGCAGUAGUAUAAAAAUAAGAUGUGAGACAAAUCCACCAUUGACCAAUUUCAUGUCGGUUUUAUCAGUAAUAGAAGAGAUUUUAACUAAAUUAUGUUAUUUUAAAGUAAACCUAGUGAUACAUUCGAAUAAACAAUUCAAAAUGUUAUAUAUAUAUAUUUAUAUAUAUCAACCAUUCCUCCUAGAAGGAUAGUCGUGAUAUCUUGUUGAACUUGCAUUCUGAAAAUGAUUGAAGUUUUUGGCAGAAGCACCUUUGGUUUUCUUUGGCAAAAAGUCAUUUUAACCUUCUAGUGAUUGUUAAGCAAAAUAGAAAAGUAACUGGAAACUUGACAGCAUGGUGUUUAUAUACCUGUAUAUUUUCAGAAGCACACCGACAAACAAAUGAAAAUCUAAAUGCUAAUGUUGCAAUAUAAUGGUUGAUUUGAAGUUUUAAUCAAUUAUUUAUUUAUCCAGGAAAUAAUUACCUGUUUUAGGGAAAUUCAAAUUUAAGUUUACAAGUAUAAUCCAAUCUUAAAAACAAUUUAUAACAAUGUGCUUUUAUUUUUUGUCAUUCCUAGUUUUUUGUUUAAUUUUGUAAAUGACUUUUGCAAUUAUAUACAAGUUGAUUCAUGUUUAAUUAUAUUAUACAUUUACUUUUUUCUCUGCACAUUAUUCCUGGCUGGUUGCUGUAUAUAUAUAAACAUAUAUAGAUGUACAACUAAUACUAUGCUGAAUUGUACAUAUAUUGCACAUCCCAAUUAACAUUUGAAGUAAAUAUUUAUGUACACAUUGCACAUGAAAAACAGUCUUGUAAAAAUUAAAAAAGGAAGAUUUGCAGGGAAACACCAUACAGGCUGAAAUGUUUUCAGCUUUGAAUCAACUUCAAGGUAGAUUUACAAUGUUGGAUAAAUUGCUCAGAGGUAAGCUGUUCUAAACAUGCUAUUCUAAAACUUAUAAAAUUGAGGUCAAACAGCUACUAAAUUUUCAAUAAACUGUUUUUGUGCACAUUGAUACCAAAUGUGGACUAUUUGAGGAUUCCAACAUUUUUUUUCUCAAUAAAAUAUAAUAAUGUCAUUGCAAGACUUAUAAAACUCAAAUUUACCAAUAAUGUCAUAUUUUAUUUCUUUGAAACCAAAACUAAUUUUAUUAUCUGCUGUCAAUUUGGUAAGUGCUGACCUGUAAACAGAUUUCUUUAAAGCACUUGAUUACUACCACAAAUGUUCUGAGAUUAAAAGAAUAGCAUGUUUGGACCUAUUUUGUUAUAUGUUUAGGUAUUUACUAUACUGAUGUGAUAUUUUUCAUGGACCAUAUCAGGAUUCUAUUUAGCUUUUAACAGUAUUCAUUCCAUGUAUAUAUACACUGUAUUUUUCACAUGUAUUGUUAUAUUCAGCAACCUCAAUAUUUUUCUGAUCUACAUGUAUGCAUUUUUGCCAUGUUCUUAAGGUAAAAAAAAUAUAUAGGUACUGCCUCAUUUGAGGAAACAAAAAAGAGAAAAGACAAAAUUUUGUCCCAUUUACAGACAAAUAUUAAAAUAAGAAAUGCAAUACUUAAUAAAAAGUAUUUUGUUAAUUUUUAUAUCACUGUGGAAUUUUAAAGCCACUCAAAACUUGCCAUAUGUUAACUUUUAUAAACUAUUAAGACAGCAAAUAAUCUUCACCUUAAAAUUUUAAAUUCAAGUUAAUCCAGAAAUUAUUUCUUAUAUCCUGCUAUUGCAGGGAAGUUUAACUUGCUUUAGACUGAGACCCACUAUAAUAUAAUGCACAAGUGUGUUAAGCAUUUAUAUACAAUACAAUAGCUGGGAAAUGAGUAAUAUUAAGUUUUUAUGAUUGCUUCAGUGCAGUGUUGAGGACUGAUCUUAUAUAUGAUAGGAGUAGGUAAAAAAAAGAAUGUUUUUGAUUGGCACUGUAGGGAUUUACAACAAAUUCAGGGUAUAUUUUAUACAUGUUUUAUUAGAAAUCCAGAUGUAAAUCAUAAAAAGAAAAAUGAUAGUGUGUCAUUCUGUUAAAAGACUGAAACACUUCAGAAGUUAAAGAAGUACUUCCACAGCUGAUGAAUUCAAAAGAUAUAAAGAUAAUUCUGUUUGUGCUUGAAAAAAUUCUAUUCAACUUCAAGAUUAAAAUUUGAAGGAAGGUUUUCAGUAGUUGACUUUGUACUGUAUUUGAAAAUUUAAUAGGAUUCUAGUUUCAAAAUUGUUAUGCAAUCAAGGGUUUAUACAAUUUCUUAGUUAAAAAUGAUAUCCGAUAUUGUUUUACUUCAGAAAAAAGUGCCAAUGUUUAUUUUUUAUUAGGUGAAAACAGCACCAAUAAUAUUCAUUAACGAAACAAGAUGGUUUCAGAUUAAAUCUUGUUAGUAGAAUAUUUUUGUUGCUGAUAUGUUGUUUACUUUUGAUAUGUUGGAUUUUAUUGUUUCAUGUUUAUUAAGAAAGUUUUUUCUUAGUUUUUAUUAAUAUAUAUUUUUUUCAACAAUACUUACAUUAGUGAAUCAUUUUCGAUACAGAUUUUCUUGAACAUGAAAAACAACUUCAAAAUUUGUCUUACUUUUAUAAUAUCACCAUUUUAAUGUACAAAAUGAAUUUAUGAAAUGUGCAGUGAGAAAAGUUAGUUACCUACUGAACAAAGUAAUCUAGACAUUUUAAUUUGAUCUACAUUUUCAUUUGGCUAAAAUAAUUUUUCUGACCUCCCUCGAAUUAAAGGUAGGUAACUUGCAUCUGAUUCUCAUUAUUUGAUCUCAUAUUGUAAAUUUGCUGUAUUGACGUUGCUUUCUUUUUUUGGUGUAACUUGUAUGUGAAGUAAUUAAUUAUUUGAAAAGAAGUUUACAUCCCUAAAUGUGAUAUCCAAACAUGACAGCUAGCGACAGGAAUAAGUUUUUAAUACAUUAUACCUAUUUUAUCAGGGUUUUUCUGAAAUUUUUAUUCAAAUAAUGCAAUGUUUACUAUAGAAAUUCAGAUAAAAAAUGUUGCAUUUAUACAAGCACCUUACAGAAUGCAUUUUUAGUUCACCAUCCAAUUAAAAUUAUCAAUUUGCAGAAUAAAAAUAAAUGACUUAUUUGCUUCAAAAUUUAUUUAAAUUGCCAAAGAAACAUAAAAUAUCCAUUAUAUUUAUGUCCAGAAUAUUUCAAACAUUUUACAGAUGUGUAUAAAAAAAGUUCAUAAGCAAAUUAAAAUUGCCUUUUGAUCAAGAAAUAUUGUUUCUAAAGAAAUUAUUUAUUUUUAUAAAUUACUGUAAAUGCAAUAACAUAUUCAAAUAUACAUGUAUAUCUUCAUAUCUUUACAAACAUCUGUAUCCAAAAUGAUAUUCAAACCUGCAGAUAGAAAAACUAUUAUAUAUAUAUAGAGAUAUUUUUUUACCAUCAAUUCUGGGAUUAAUGCUUUUACCUGAAGAAUUUAUUUCAUAUCCAUGUAUGGUGCAUGAAAUAUAUGUAUGUAUACUCAGCAUUAUAUUAGUUAUUGAAUCCAACCUAAAGGGAAUAAUUGUGAAUGUUUACACAAGUAUUGACAUAUUUAAUUAAUAUUUUUGAAUGAAAAAUUACAAAAAAAUCAUUUUAUAAUUUCCUAUUGUUUAUGUCCAGGAAAUUGUAUGCAAUUGGAAUAAAGGUGUUACAUU